AUGAAAGAGGCUGAAUAUUUGGUGAAACAAGUGAGUUUAGGGAUUACUGUCGGCCUAGGGGCCACACCACAAGCAAAAAUCCAUCCUGUUAGGCCAACCAUUGAAGGUGUUGCAGCAACGGCAAAAUUGCCUUCUCAAGAAGCUCAAUCUUCUAGUGCUACCACCAUUGCUACCACUACAACUACCACCAUUGCUACUACCUCUGCUACAACAACACUAGCCACCACAUCAACCGCAUUUGUUGCACCAGUUGUGUCAACAAUGCCUCCACCUUUGGUUACAACAAUGGUGACUUCAUCUUCUAUUGUUUCACAGAUGCCUGUGCCUACAAUGACUCCCACAAUCGAAAUAGUAAUUAUUCAUAAUGUGGAGUCUGACUCAAACCAAGAGGAGGCUAACCCAAAACCAAAAAAGGUAGAGUCUAAGAAGAGGAAAAUAAUGACUCCUUCUAGUACAGAGAAAUGA